CCAAACACAACCAGUUUCCGUAAUUUACAUUCAUUUCUUCAUACUGAAUUGUUAAAAUUCUUUGGUUUUCUGGCUUGAUCUUUGAUGGGGUACUGUCCAGGUUCAAAGGUGUUCGACAAAGCCAUAUUGGAAGAUAGCCAUAAUGAGAACAACAACGAGAGGAAGAAGUCGAUGAUGAUGAUCAAAGGGACAGUGGUUUUGAUGAAGAAGAAUGUGUUGGAUAUGAACGAUUUCACCGCUUCUUUACUAGACCGGGUUUACGAGCUCUUCGGCAGAGGCGUUUCUUUGCAGCUCAUCAGCGCUGUUUCCGUCGAUCCCGCCAAUGGGACGAAAGGGAAGCUCUGGAAGCCGGCAAAUUUGGAGAAAUGGGUCACGAAGAUCACUCCGUUAUCUACAGGAGACGUGACGUUUUCGGUCACAUUCGAGUGGGACGAAUCAUCCAUGGAUGUUCCUGGAGCUUUCAUAAUAAAAAACAAACACCAUAGCCAGUUCUAUCUCAGGACCGUCACCCUGGAAGAUGUUCCUGGCCAUGGUCGGGUACAUUUCGUUUGCAAUUCUUGGAUCUAUCCGACGCAUCGGUACAAAUUCGAUAGAGUUUUCUUCUCAAACAAGACCUGUCUUCCAUGCCAAAUGCCGGAGCCUUUACGUGAGUAUAGAGAACAAGAGCUGGUAAAUCUCAGGGGAGAUGGAAAAGGAACGCUCCAAGAAUGGGACAGAAUUUAUGAUUAUGAUUUAUACAAUGACUUGGCAAUGCCGGAAAAGGGCCCGCAUCAUCAUCGUCCGGUUCUCGGAGGAUCGUCACAUCUUCCAUAUCCUAGAAGAGGAAGAACAGGUCGGAAACCACACAAACAAGAUUCCAGGACGGAGAGUAGGCUGUUUCUUCUAAGCUUAAACAUUUACGUUCCGCGAGAUGAACGGUUUAACUCAGUGAAGUUUUCAGAUUUCGUUGCCUAUGCUCUGAAAUCUCUGUUUCAGGUAUUGGUACCCGAGAUUGCAGCAUUAUGUGACAAAACCAUCAAUGAGUUUGAUUCCUUUCAAGAUGUACUUGAUCUCUAUGAAGGUGGCAUAAAACUGCCUAGUGAUGCCACUAUUAAGAAGAUAAGGGAUUGCCUUCCUUGGGAGAUGAUCAGGGAACUCGUUCGUAAUGACGGCGAGAGAUUGAUGAAGUUCCCGAUGCCCGCCGUUAUCAAAGAGGAUAGGUCUGCUUGGCGGUCGGAUGAAGAGUUUGCACGAGAAACUCUCGCCGGUGUCAACCCGAUUAUCAUCAGUCGGCUUGAAGAAUUCCCCCCGGCCAGCAAGCUUGAUCCUAAAGAAUAUGGUAACCAGAAAAGUACCAUUACAAGGGAACAUAUUGAGUGUAACAUGAAUGGACUCACUGUGGAAGAAGCUCUAAAGCACAACAAACUGUUUAUAUUGAACCAUCAUGAUGCCUUCAUGCCUUACCUGGGGAGGAUAAAUUCGACCGCCACGAAGACAUACGCCGCGAGAACAUUGUUCUUCCUGCAAGACGACGACACGCUUAAGCCACUAGCGAUCGAGUUGAGCUUGCCGCAUCCACAAGGGGACAGCCACGGUGCAGUCAGCAAAGUUUUCACCCCGGCGGAGGACAGUGUCGAAGGUUCGAUAUGGCAAUUGGCCAAAGCUUAUGCUGCCGUGAACGAUUCAGGCUACCAUCAGCUCGUUUCUCAUUGGUUGAACAGCCAUGCUGUGAUUGAACCAUUUAUAAUCGCUACUCAUAGACAAUUGAGCGUUGCUCAUCCCAUACAUAAGCUUCUUCAUCCCCAUUUCCGUGACACGAUGAACAUAAAUGCUUUGGCUCGUCAGACUCUAAUCAAUGCCGGUGGGGUGCUUGAGUUGACUGUCUUUCCUGGUAAAUAUUCCAUGGAAAUGUCGUCUGCUAUGUAUAAAAACUGGGUUUUCACUGACCAGGCUCUUCCUGUUGAUCUGAUUAAGAGAGGAAUGGCGGUCCCGGACUCGAGCUGUCCUCAUGGACUCAAACUCAUGAUAAACGAUUACCCUUACGCCGUCGACGGUUUAGAAAUCUGGUCCGCCAUCGAAACAUGGGUAACCGAGUACUGCAAUUUCUACUACCCAUCAAACGAAGCAGUCAAACACGACGCCGAACUCCAAUCAUGGUGGUCGGAGAUCAAAAACGAAGGCCACGGCGACCUGAAAAACCAAUCAUGGUGGCCGGUUAUGAACACGAGAGCCGACCUCAUCCAAACAUGCACCAUCAUCAUCUGGAUAGCCUCCGCUUUCCACGCGGCCGUCAACUUCGGCCAAUACCCAUACGCCGGUUAUCUCCCGAACAGGCCGACAGUCAGCCGUAGUUUCAUGCCGGAACAGGGCACCGACGAGUACGAAGAGCUUAAAGAAGACCCAGACUUGGCGUUUCUGAAAACGAUCACCGCACAGUUCCAGACGGUGCUCGGCAUUUCGCUUAUAGAGGUGCUGUCACGGCAUUCGACCGACGAAAUAUACCUCGGGCAAAGGGAUACGGAGGAGUGGACGACGGACGAGGAACCGUUGGCGGCGUUUGACAGAUUUGGGAAGGAGCUGGUGGAAAUCGAAAGGAGGAUUAUGGAGAGGAACAAUGAUGGGGAAUUGAAGAACAGAGUUGGGCCGGUGAAGAUACCGUAUAUGUUGAUGUACCCGAAUACGUCAGAUUAUUCUAGGGAAGGUGGACUUACGGGGAAGGGUAUCCCUAAUAGUAUAUCCAUUUGAAGGUCUUUCCAUGGCUGGGAAGGAUCCAAUUUAUGGUAAUAUAAUUUGUACCUUUUGUUGUUGUUGUUAUUUGUGUGUGUCCAGU